CAUCCAUUCUGCACCCAUCACUCACAGAAAAAUGGAUCGUCAUAUGUUUUACCUGUUUGGGAUCAUUGCAGUGUCUGGUUUAAUUGAUGCAUAUUCCAUAAAAGGCAAGAACCUCGCUCUCUAUGGAAAAGCCACACAGUCAAGCUUGCUUGGCAACCCUUGGGCUCCAUUUGGUCAUGCCUACAAUGCUAUAGAUGGAAAUACUGAUUCAAAUUACAACCACGGGUCGUGCACUGCCACCAACUCUCAACAAAACCCCUGGUGGAGACUGGACCUUCUGGACGAGUACACAGUGACCGCCAUCAUCAUCACUAACAGAGGAGAUGGCUAUCCAGAGAGGCUCAACGGAGCUGAGAUACACAUCGGAAACUCUUUACGCAACAACGGAAAUGACAAUCCACGAGUGGAGGUGAUUUCUUCCAUUCCUCCAGGAAGAUCCGUCACCUUCCACUGGGAUAAAGUUUUCUCAGGACGUUAUGUAAAUAUUAUUAUACCUGGAUACUACCGGACUCUGACUCUCUGUGAGGUUGAAGUCUAUGGGUAUCCUGCUCAACAUGACAAUGUAGCACUGACAGGAAGAGCUGCACAGUCCAGCACUUAUGGUACUGGUUUUCCAUUCAAUGCCAUUGAUGGAAACAGAGCUGGUGUGCUUGCUCAAGGAUCCUGUACACACACAAACCACGACCUUAGUCCAUGGUGGAGGCUGGACCUGCUCAAACAACACAAGGUGUUCACCAUCAUCGUCUUUAACAGGGAGGAGGCUACUUCUGUUAGACUGAAUGGAGCUGAAAUCAGAAUCGGAGACAGUCUGGAUAACAAUGGCAACAACAACCCGAGAUGCGGUCUGGUGUCCAAUGCAGGUCAAACCCCUUCCAUAUCCUUUGAGUGUAAUGGGAUGGAGGGCCGGUACAUCAACGUUGUGAUUCCUGGAAGGAAGGAGUUUCUCACUCUGUGUGAGGUGGAGGUGUUUGGAGUUCCUCUGAUCUGAAGAAUCUCUUGGUCUUUGUUUUGCUGAUUCUCAGUCAGUUGUUAAACGUGAUUGCACUUCAACUGAAAUGAAAGUCUGAAACUUGUUGGAUUAUUAAUUUGCGUUGAUUGUAAAGCUGAAGCUGGAUUGAAAGUUGGUUGUAGCUCAUAAUCUCCCAUUUGCAGUUGUCUCAUCUCACCCUUCUCUUGUUGCAUCUUAUUGAAACCUGUCAAACUGUCUGUGAGCACAGCGGCAGUUUCACAGCUGCCCUGAUCUGAUUAUUUCAGCAUGUGAUAUAAGUCUUUAAACUUAUAUCAUAUGCAAUGAUGAACAGCACAGAUGUGAUAGAGCAGGCCUGGACAAUAUGACAAUAUAUCUUCAUCAUAAUAAAUUAUGUCAUAUUGCAAUAUAAUAUGCAUUUCUGAACAUAUUGUAUAUUGUCAGUACUUGUAGACACUGAUCAACUGCGUGUUUCAUUGAAAAGAGAGCAAAAUUGGUCACGUUUAAAUGGAUUUAGUGAGAAAUACUGAAUAAAAUACUACAGAAAGGUGGACUAACAAUCUGAAAAAUUGAAUGAAUUUUUGUGAUGGUAACUCAGUCAUUCUGAGUAAGAUCUUCUUUAUAAGGAUAUUUUUAGUUUAGGUAACUUUAUUUAAAUAUAUUAUAUUCACUACGUCGAUCUAAGUUGACUUUACAUGGAAAUGCAGACAGACCAGCAGGGGGUUGUUUUUAAAGAUUGUUGAAAAUGGAGUGAGCCUGUUUUAUUUUCAUGUCUUCUAACUAUACAUGCACUCUUAUAUUAAAUGACAGGCUUUUUAUUCAAUGUAUUAGUCCUAGUUUUAGCCUAUUCAGAAGUUUUGCCUAUGUUAAAGUUCUAGAUACCAGGCACACGAAACAGUCUUGAUGUCUAUCAGGAUCAGCUGGUUGCCUCAGUACAAGUGGUUGAACCAUAUAUUAGCAUAUUGGGCGUGUCUUUCCACCUUGUUUACCUUACUGUCUGUGUGCUGUCAUUCUCCCCCAGUGUAGCAUCAUUUUAAGAUCAGCACAAUGAAUGGAGUUAGCACCCAAUUUAGUUGAGUGUAUACAAUAAUAAACAAAUCGCUGUCGUUGGAACAAAACCUCGUCUCUACAUUUUUGUCGUUGUUUGGUUAUUGUCAUAGUUUGAAAACGACUGUUGUCCUUUACACUGUGGGUGAAGUUCAUGAUGAAUGGACCAAAAGAAAUGGCCUAAAACUACUCAGAGAAAUGUCUGGUUCCAUUGACUUACAUUAAAAGUAAAGUGUGCUUUCUUCUCCUGUAAAGUUACCAUUUUGGAGAUACAAGGUUUUGUUCCAACAGCGGCAACAUGUACAGUUAUUUACGGUCAAAUGGUUUGAGAUAUGUAACUUUAACCAUUUAAGGCAAUAGGUUUCCUCCAACAAUUUGAGUUGACGGAACUCAUCACUGCUGGUUCUUUGUUCUCUGUUCUAACUGAUCAGACAUCUGAAAAGAUAAACAUUGUCUCAUAGAAAGUUUUUAAAGUAUUGUGAUAUUAUAUUUUUGUCAUAUCGACCAGCUCUACAUUAGAGCACAGGAAACAAUAUGAUUAUUAGACAGGUAAUUUAAACACUGCUGUGUCAAAUGUGUUAGAUUUCAUUUCUUGGCGCCAUCAGUGUGAACGGUCUCUCUGCUUCCUCACCACAGAGUGCUCUCACACAAUUAACGGCACAUUUGGUAAAGAUCAGCCUAUUUAAAUAAUGACUGAUCAUAUGAAAAUACAUCUCUGACCUUUUAAUGAGGCAAAAUUGUUCUCAGAAAAAAAAAUCUUAAGACUUUUUCCUGUUAUAUAUUAAGUAGAAGUGCAACACACAGCAAC